AUGCUACUCGAGCCGCUCGAGGCGCGCGGCGUCGCCGUCGACGUCUUCCUCGCGUCCUACGGCUGCUGGGACCUCGUCGACGACGUCAGCGACGACCGCGCCGCGGCCUGGUGGCGCGACGUCAGGUCCUGGUACGGCGAUCACCGCGUCAAGUUCAGCGAGCCCGUGAAGCGGGCCAAGUUCCAGUCGCAGCAGACGACGAUCUCGCGCGGCCUCGACGCGGCGCUCGCGGCGGGCGAAAGCUACCGGUCGCUCAUCGUCUGGCGCUUCGACGUGGCGGCCUUCGCGCCCAUCGCGGGGCCGCCGGGCGCGACGCUCCACGGGCCGGACGUCGCGCCGACGGACUUUCUGCUGAGCGACGGCGACGAGGGCGGCCUCAUCAACGGCGACGUCGGCUGGACGCUGCCCUGGCGCUUCGCUUCCUGCUUCGCCGCCAUGCAGCGGCCGCCGACCUUCGACCUGGCGUCGGGCGCGCCGACGGGCAAGGGCUGCUGGGCGCCGGGCGCGGAGAGCGCGAACGGCGGCCAAUGCACGCAGCUGCUGGACGGCGUCAUGCGGCGGUCCGGGGCCAAGGGCCUGCGGAAGAACUGGCCCUGCUUCAUCGACGCCGCCCACCCGAAGCCGGCCUUCGCUCUGAGCGCCGGGUCCAUCGACCGCCGCGGGUCGCCGUUUUUGCUCAGCCGGUGGAUGGCGGACAACGGCCACGUCCUCGAGGCGGGCAAGCCCCCGAGGUGGCCCUGGCUCUGCCCGAAGCCGGCCAUCGUCCAGCGCUUCAGCGGCUCCCGCGACGGCGCGCUCUGCGCCUUCCUCAAGGCCGGCGAAGCCGACCUGCACUGCGACCAGGCGCACCUCCUCCGGGAGAUCUGCGUCCGGCUGCGGGGCGACGCGGAGAACUUCGCGGCCAUCGGGUGCGCGGGCAAGGCCGCCGCCGAGGACGCGCUGCGGCCGACCCGGAAGCAGGCCGCCCCCGCGGAGCCCGGGUCGAGCUCCCUGGGGCUGCGCUGCGCGCCGGGCUACCGCGCGGCCAUCUUCCAGGUCACGGACGACAAGCACUACGACCUCUGGAGCAUGUACGCGGCCGCGCGCGACUCGCUCGCGCUCGGCCUGCGGAGCCGCGCGCGCGAGUGCGGCUACGCCGUCGACGUCGUCCCGGGCUACGGGUCGCCCGCGGCGACGCGCGCGCUCGACGCCCUGGGCUACGGCGACGUCGCCAUCUUCGUCGGCGAGGCCAAGGAGCUCCAGUUCGCGAGCGACGCGUGCGACCGCGACGCCCGGGGCGUCCACGCGAUCCUCUACCAGACGGAGCCGCGGCCCCGGUUCGUCGCGCCCCCGGGCAUCGACGAGGUCUGGCACUACGCCAAGUCCCUCGCGGCGUCCGCGCCGCGGCCGCCGACCGCGCGGGGAAAACCGCUCGUCGUCCGCCACGCGCCCCCGGGCUUCGUGCGGCCGCCGGGCUUCGGCGCCGCCUGCGGCGCCGCACCGGCGAGUCCGGGCGCCUUCCUCUGGAUGGGGCGCCUGGCGCUCAGCGAGCGGCGGGCCUGCUACGCCGCGCUCGAGCGCAACGAAUUGUUGAAGGGCCGGCUCGCCCAGCGCUACGACGUCUGGACCGACGCGGCCUGGGACGCCGUCGCGCCGCCCUGCGCCGCGCGUCGGAACGUCUUCGUCAACUUCCACAAGCGCUGCGACGACGAAGGCGCGCCCCUCGAGGUCGUGCGCCUCGCGCAGCUCCUCUCGCGCGGCGCCGUCGUCGUCUCGCAGCGCGCGCACGCCGCGGACAUGGAGGACUACGCGGACCUCGUGCUCUUCGAGCCCGACUUCUUCGCCGAGGCCUGGUCGCCGCGGACCGCGGCCCUGCUCGGGGACGCGAGCGCGCUCGAGGCGUUCCGCGCGAGAGCCGCGGCGACGUUCGAGGCGCGCUUCGACCCCCGGGCGAUCCUCGAGCGCGCGGGCGCCUGGAACGCGACGGCCGCGCCGCGGACGGCGACGGCGGCGAGCUGCGCGUCCGUGAAGCGCGCCAAGGAGGCCGCCGACGCCGAGCGGCGGCGGCGCCGCCGCGACGACGUCGACGACCCCGACCGGCGCCGCGGGGACCUCGGCUCGCUCGCCCACAAGAUCGAGCACCUCCGCGGGGACCUGAAACGCAUGGCGCCGGGCGACCCGGCGCGGUCGCGGCUCGAGGCCCGCGUCGCGAGCCUCGAGGAGCGGCGCGAGACGCCCGAGGCCCGCCGACCCAUCCACGGGAUGCGUCGACGGCUCGUCGCGGCCGCGCUCGGGGCCGCCAUCGCCAGCGCACACUACCCGGGCGCGAACCGCGGCUAUCGCGGCAUGUCGGAGAAGGAACGGGUCGACUACUUCCACAAAAACGGCUACGAGUGGCCGCCGACGAGCACGCGCGGCUGGCCGCCGCAACCGGCGACGCCGUCCGAAGCCUAUCGCACGUCGCGCGACGAGAUCGAGGCCUGGAUCCGACGAAACCUGACGACCUACAAGGCGACGUUCGACGAGUGGGGCACGCUGUCGCAGUCGCGGCGCAUGCCCGCGUUCACGCGGAACGGCUUCGAGGUCUUCGACCUGUCGCACACGGCGAGCUACGCGGAGCUCGCGGCGAACUACGAACGGAACGUGAACGACCCCGCGGCCUUCGCGAACCUGCGGCCCGAGGGCAUGAGCUCCGGGUCGUCGACCGGGCGGCCCAAGUUCUACCACCAGGGCUCGCUGAACAAUCGGCUGCUGGACGAGCUGCGGCCGCGCAUGGAGGCCUGGGCGGGCGUCGAGCUGCGGAACGGCCAGGCCUACGGCGUGCGCGUCUACGGCAACGGCUCGACGCUCGUGAACCACAUCGACCGUUCCGAGACGCACGUCGUGAGCGCCAUCUUCCACAUCGACCACGACCUCGACCACCCCUGGCCUUUGGAGAUCGAGGACCACGACGGCGCCUGGCACCGCGUCGACCUGAAGCCCGGCGAGCUCUGCAUGUACGAGUCCGCGAAGCAGUACCACGCGCGCCUGCAGCCCAUGCGGGGCCGCGCGUACGCGUCGGUGUUCCUCCACUGGUUCCCGAAGCACGGCUGGAACUGGACCAUGUGGGACACGCACGUCAGCGUGCCCGCCGAUUUCGAAGCGAAGCGGCCCGGGGACGCCGCGCGCGCCGCGGUCGUCGACGCGGCCGGCGCGCCGCCGUUCCUCCGGGCCUACGAGUCCUACUGGCGCGGCCGGGGCUUCGCGGCGCCGCGGCUCCACCGGGGCAUCGAGGACCCCGUGCAGUCCUACGACGACGACGCGCUCGUCCCGCUGACGAGCGCGGCGCGCCACGAGGCGCGGCGCGCCAACGGCGCGCGGCUCCGGGAGUUCGCCAAGGACGGGCGGCUCGACGACGCGCGGAAGGCGCUGCGGGACCUCGACAACGUCGACGUCGACGCCGCGGACGACAACGGCUGGGCGCCCAUCCACGAGGCCGCGCGCCGCGGCGACGAGGAGAUCCUGGGGCUGCUCGUGGCGCGAGGCGCGGACGCGCGGAAGCGCACGAAGGGCGGCGACGACGCGCUCGCCCUCGCGCGCGACGCGCACGGGCCGGACCACGCCGCCGUCGCCUACCUCGCCCGCGUCCAUAGCGAGCUCUAA